CAAGGAAUUCAUGACCCUCCUUACUCACUACCCAAUUCUUCCUCCUCGUAAAAUGCUAUGUGUGUGUAUGGAUGACUUGAGCUACUUACUUCUCACAGCCUCAAACAAACACUUGAAGACAAAUAUAUACAUAUAAUGCUUAGAAGGUGGCUGGUUCUAACUAUCUUACCCUCUCUUGCUUUGUUUCUCCUCUUCUUCUUAUUAACCUUCAUAUGAAUCAUCCCUUAAUGUUGUCGUCAAGUAAUGCUAUUACCAUCAAAAACCCACCUCGCCGGCAAGUCCAAUUCAGCCUCCUAAUAGGAAUCCUCACACGGCCGGAUUCCUAUGACCGCCGCCGCUUUCUUCGCCUCAUCUAUGGCAUCCAAUCUUCUCCAAUUGCCAGUAUAGACAUAAAAUUCGUCUUCUGUAGACUCACCAAAGAUGAUCAACGGGUACUUAUCGCACUCGAAAUUCUCCGGUUUGAUGACAUUAUCAUCCUCAAUUGCACUGAGAACAUGAACUCCAGGAAGACCUACACCUACUUCUCUUCGCUUCCUUACAUCCUCUCCCAUAAUUAUGACUAUGUCAUGAAGGCCGAUGAUGAUGUCUUCCUAAGGCAUGGGAUUUCUAUUCUCUUGGAAUCUCAUCAAAUGGAUUGCACUGUCGAGCAUUCCUGCUAAUCAAACAUAGGAGCCUGAGGAUAAAUUGGUUGGAAAAUGGUUGAAGAUGGGGAAGAAGGCUAAAAACAGGGUUUCGAGUAAGCCAGCGAUGUAUGAUUAUCCAGGGAAUAAUGGGAGGUGCUCACAUGAACUUAUAGCUGAUACUGUGGCAGUUCACAGGCUUAAGAGAUGGGAUCAAUGGUUGGAUGUACUUAAAUUCUUCAAUGUCGCCAAGGGGCUUGAACCUUCAAAACUGUACAAUAUUUGAUUGGAUUUGAGACACAAUUAUAUCUUUUUAAACGUAGAGGAUUCUUUGACCAAAAAAAAAACAUGGAGGAUUCACAUAUGGAUUUGCCCGAGGAAGAGUCAAAGUCGACCAAGGAUGACGAUGACUCUAGUCAUAGUGUCUUUAGAACCUGACCCAUCCAGUUUUGAGAAGUUCUAUGCUGGAGAAUCGUCGCAUAAAAAAUGUCCCACGCUAUCUUCGCUCUCACGAUUGGGCUACUUAACUCUUCCAUAGUAUUUCUUUUUUAGUAAAGAUUUUCUUUUCCAA